GAUCGUAAUUAGCGCGCCACAGAUAGUAAUUUUCAAUACGUCGGUAAACAACGAAUAACGUUAGCCGACGGAGCAAAGUGGGAUUCUCCAAGAACGGAAGGUUAAAAAGAUAGAAAAAUGUCAACUCUUCAAGUCAGCGUAUCAUAAGGAAAGUCGAGGGCGUACCGUGUCAAGAAAAAAGGAUAUCUAUAACGAAGAUUCCAUGUAUAUAAAGCGCCGUCAAGCAGGAAGAAACGCAACAGUAAGUAGAAUCCGUGGGAAACUAUCGAAUGGAACAAAGAAGAGUCACGAAACGUCAGGCGACUUAUCCGGUCAGGCGGCGGCGCAGCGUUUAGGAAAUUACAAUUUAUCGCACCAAGCUCAAGGUUGUCGCAUAUCGUUCGUGAACGGUGCGACAGACGGCACAACCGGUGAGGCAAAUUGUAUUCAUAUUCAAGCGUGGAUCCUCGUCGCAGCUGCGUUCUAACAAAACCGGCUAGUGUCGGAAGACUAUUUAACCGUAUCGGUUCAUUCGGAUCCGCACACAAAUGAGCGGAAAAACAAUAUCCUUCGUACUAUUGUCGUUGUUGGUCGCGUUGGCGAUCAUACAACUGGAGGCGAAGAUCCUGACCGAGUGUCAGGCAGUAGAGGAACUGCAGAGGGCAAAAAUCCCCAGAAGUUUGAUCAGCAACUGGGUCUGCUUGAUGCAAAGCGAGAGCGGUUUGAACACCAGCUUGGUUACCGGUCCGAAGACAGCGUCCAGCUACAAUUUCGGAGUCUUCCAGAUCAGCAGCAUGAAGUGGUGCUCUAGAGGACACACCGGGGGUGUCUGCAACAAACGCUGCGAGGACUUCGCCAAUGACGACAUCCAAGACGACAUCAGCUGCGCCCUCAAGAUCCAGCAGACGGAAGGAUUCAAGGCGUGGGAUGGCUGGCUGAAGAAGUGCAAGAACAAGCCCCUUCCGAACAUUGGAAAAUGUCUGAAAUGAAGGUGAACGUGGGAGCAAUUCGAAGUGCACGAGAGGAUGAGGAUCGCCGUUGCGUCAAUCUGGGGAUUAUCGAAAUUUGGGUGAUGGUUUUAUUAUGAAUAUGUAACUUUGUAUGAUUGUAUAUUACAUUGACUGAUGAUAUUGCUGAUUAACCGAUGACUGAGCUGAUGCAUGAAUUGGAAAACAAUGAAAUGUCAUGAUGACUGCGGUUGGAUUAUAAUGAGCGAGUUUAAAGGUUACGCGAAUGUGUAUGUGUAUAAUUUAAUAGGCGGUUCGGUGAUAAAUAGUUGAUAAGGUAUUUCUUUUUAUACAAUUGUAUCUACUUUUUUAUGUACUUCAGUGUAUAUAUGAACGAAAUACAUUACCCUGUUAAUCCGA